AUGUAUCGCCCCCAAAAUUACAAUUAUUCUAACCGAAUGCGGAACGGAAGGCGAAAUCAUGCAAAGUUUCGUCAGAAUACCUUGCCAUCUAUUGAGGUGCAAAGGAAUUUUAACGCUUCCUGUUUUUCAAGGUAUCCACAAACUCCUUACAUUCAAGGUCCACCCUUCUUUUCGUUAUAUCCACAAGGUUCUUCUUACAGCUCCUCUCCAUUUCCAAGCUUUUACAACCAAUCUCAGAUGUUACCCUUCUAUGAUCCAGCCAUUGUUAAUAUUCCUCAAAGUAUGUUUUUACCGGAAUAUUCUCCAGAGGCUUUCCAGUUUCCCCAACUUCCUAUAAAUUCAUCUAUGGAUGUACUUGGGAAUAAUCUAAGUACACUCUUAUAUGCCUGUCUAGUUAACACAGUGGAGGGUAUGGCAACUAGAAAGUCACAGACAAAUAAAGAAUCUGUAACUGAUGAAGUUGACGGAAUUCGGAUAGUAAUCAGACCAUUUACAAUUGAUUCAAGUCGAUUCACAAAGGAGGAAUUAAAUUUUCAAAAUAAUAUUGUGUCAAGUACAUCCGAGGAAGAAAAGAAAGAUGAAGCAUGA